AUUGUGUUGUUGUUGUUAUUGUUGUGUUGCUGUUUCCUCUUCACUCCUCAACACAAAACCAAACGAAAUCAAAUCAAACCAACAACAACACACUGCUUCUGUUUCUUUCUUCACUCCUCAACAAAAAAAAAAAAAAACAGUUACAACAACAACAACAACUAAUUAGUUUCUUCUUUACACCUUCACCAAUGUUCAUACAUUACUAACAAAAAAAACAAUGAGGGUUUUGGGUUUGUGUAUGUAACCUUCCCAAACCUAACACCGAAGCUAAAUCCAAAGCUAAAAAUGGGUGUGAGUGUAGGUAAGGCUUGGAGGUUAGGAGUAUUAUCAACAAACCUAGCUUUAUUAUCAAACAACAACAACAAGAAGAAACAACAACAACAUGUUUGUUCUCGAAAGAACAACAUGACGAUCUCGUGGUCUUUGGUUUGUGGUUUGAUGCUUUUUGUUUUGGGUUUAAUUUCGCUUCUUACUGGUCACAUGCUUUCUGAUCUUGAAUGGUAUUCUCAUCGAUUGGUUCAUCCUACUUUUUACUCUAGAUUGGAUGGGCAUUACCGUGCACCAAUUGAUAUAUGGAAAUCUAAAUUGUCUAAAUAUUACUAUGAAUGUAGUGACAGAGGCCGCGAUUAUGCUCCUGCUGUGCGUGAGCAGAUGUCGAAUGGCUACUUGCUUAUUGCAGCUAGUGGAGGUUUGAAUCAACAAAGAACUGGGAUAACAGAUGCUGUAGUUGUUGCACGAAUUCUUAAUGCUACGCUGGUUGUGCCUGAGUUGGAUCAUCAUUCUUUUUGGAAGGAUGACAGUGACUUUAUCAAUAUUUUCGAUGUUGAUUGGUUCAUUUCUUAUCUCGCAAAAGACGUCACUAUUGUCAAAAGAGUUCCUGAUAAGGUGAUGAGAUCAAUGGAAAAACCCCCAUAUACAAUGCGUGUCCCAAGGAAAUCAGAACCCGAUUAUUAUCUUGAUCAAGUUUUGCCAAUUCUUUUGAGACGACAGGUUGUACAAUUGACGAAGUUUGACUUUAGACUUGCGAAUCACCUUGAUGACGAGCUACAAAAACUACGAUGCCGUGUUAAUUUCCAUGCUUUGAGAUUCACAAAACCUAUUCAAGAACUUGGUCAAACAAUUGUUACGAGAAUGCAGAAGAUGGCUCACCGUUUCAUAGCAGUCCAUUUGAGAUUUGAACCAGAUAUGCUAGCCUUUUCAGGUUGUUAUUUUGGUGGGGGAGAGAAAGAAAGAAAUGAGCUUGGUGAAAUCAGAAAAAGGUGGACAACAUUACCAGAUUUGAGCCCAGAUGGAGAACGGAAGCGAGGGAAAUGUCCUCUUACUCCUCAUGAAGUGGGUUUAAUGUUGCGUGCACUUGGUUUUACGAAUGACACAUACCUCUAUGUUGCAUCGGGAGAAAUAUAUGGAGGGGACGAGACUAUGCAGCCUCUCAAAGAUCUUUUCCCUAACAUCUAUACAAAGGAGAUGCUUGCUGAUGAAGAGCUGAAACCAUUCCUUCCAUUCUCAUCCCGCCUAGCUGCUGUAGACUACAUUGUUUGUGAUGAAAGUGAUGUAUUUGUUACUAACAACAAUGGCAACAUGGCCAAGAUUCUAGCUGGUCGAAGGAGAUAUAUGGGUCACAAAAGAACAAUUAGACCAAAUGCAAAGAAGCUUAGCACACUUUUCGCGGGAAGGCAUCAGAUGGAUUGGCAUACCUUCGCCAGAAAGGUUAAGGCAUGCCAAAGAGGAUUCAUGGGAGAGCCAGAUGAGAUGAGACCUGGACGAGAUGACCAUCACGAAUUUCCCAGCUCUUGUGUUUGUGAGAGACCAUAUGUCGAUGAAAAACUCGGUACAAAGAUUGAUACCUGACUGGCAGACUGUAAAAGAUGAAUCAAUGUUCAAAGGAACUUGAAGGACCGGCACAUGGUAAAUUUAGCAACUUUGGACGAGGGAGGUUAUUUGUGGGGAAUUUUUUUUGCUAUGGAUCCACCUCGCCUGCUAGCUUGUUCGACAGCUGAACAUCAAUUGACAAAUGAAAUGCCACAGUGCCUCCAUUUUCACACUCCAAUUGUAAUUGUAAAUCAUCAGGAGGGUCUUAGGAUAAAUGGGUGGCUUAGUUUAGGUCCUAGAGACAUCAAUGCGUUGCCAAAUGUUAAUAGAUAAAUAUAAAUACAUAAGCUUUGUGUAAAUUACAUUCAAGUUUAUAGCUGUAGAACGUGAUAGUGUUCUAGAUAACCUCCAACAAAAAAAUUGAAUGACUUAUUUUGUUCUAUUUAAAAGAGCUUAUCAACAAAAUUCACACUCUUAA